AUGAGGCGACGCGAGGUCGGGUCUGCAGCCCGCUUCUAUGCGACGGGUAUACUGGUGGGUUUGUUCGCCCUACUCUUCUCCUGCUGCUACAGCUUCGGUCUCUUUCACAUCCCUGACAAAGUGGAGCAGCUAAAUGCCGCUAUCCGCGCCGUGGACGGGAGGCGGGUGUCAUCUCUGCUGGAUACGGUGUUCUCGAGUGGGACUCGCUUCGACAGCAAAGGUUACCUGCACCCUCUCUACGCGCUCGCGUGCGUCCAGGAGGAGGAGACGGAGGAAGCGCAGCGCAUGAUCCGAGAGGUCGCGCGACGGUUUCGCGCCGAGUCAAUUGACGUUGACUACGCUCACCACCCCUUGACCGCCGCUUAUAGGCACCACCGCUAUACCGUAGCGCAGGUGCUUAUCGAAGAGUGGCAGCGCCCCGUACCUGACGCAAAGGACGAAGACGCUAUUAUGGACGAGGUGUACGCCUCUUCCCUCACAGUGGCGGAGCUGCAGCGUGUGGAUCCGAGGGUGUAUGUAUACUGCCACGACGUGGAUUCAGUGCGAUGUCGUGCCGUCCAUCCCGCGCGUAUCCGCGAUGCGGCGAACAGCCGCCUUGAGGCGGCCUACAGGAGACGUUUUGGUCGUGCGCAGGAGCUGCCGGCUGUGACGCCGUACCGCGACACGGACAUGCCUUCUAAGGUUGUGGCUCCAGGAUCAACAAUUCGGGCUGCGUCGUGGGACGAUCCGUUCCGGCCAGUCGUGCCCGAGCUGUUGCCUCCGCGCACUGCGAUGGUGAUGAACCCAGGCUACUUUGAUAGCGUGCUGGAUGAGCUCUCCUAUGCAGUGUUAGGCCACGUGGAGGGGUCGUCGUCGGUGGCGACGUUUGCCUUGUUUGCCAUGGGCGUGAUGUUUUUGUUUCUCAGUGCGUGGUGUGUAGGCAUGACAUACUGGCUGGUAUGCUACGCCUGA